AGAUGUCCCAAAGUCACAGGCAGAGUAGCGGCCCAAAAUAGUACCAAAAUAAGUCGGGGAGUGUGUGUGUUUAUCUUUUGGGAAAAUCGUGAAAAAUCCCAUUCCAAUGAUGGUAAUUGUGAUGAAACACUUGCUGACGGGAAGAUCAAUUCAAUUCCAACUUGCCCUACGAUGCAUCUCCACACAAUCCUUGAGGUUUUCCCGUUUGGCAGAAGUGGGAAAGUUGGAGGCGCCAAAAAUUCAGGGUAAAUACGACACUGGGCAAUUAUUCCUGCAUCGGGUCUUUGGCUAUCGUGGUGUUGUCCUCUUCCCAUGGCUGGCACGGGUAUAUGACCGAGACAUCCCAAAUACACAGUCACCGCCAAUAAAAACAGAAGUUGAUACAGGGGCAGAGGCACCAUCUGGGAAUGUGGGGAAAGAAGUGAAAGGUACAACACACACUUUCUACCAGGUUCUCAUCGAUUCACGGGACUGUCCGUUCAUUAGGGCCCAGACAGAGGCUGUGACAUUUUUGGGCAAUCAGGACAGCAGCAGGAGUCUCUAUGCCAUCCCCGGACUCGAUUAUGUCGCACAUGAAGACAUCCUUCCGUACUCAAGUCCAGAGAAGACUCCACUCCAUCAUGAACUCUUUGACAAAUUUCUCACGUACCAACCAGAGAGGGAUCCUCCUUUCGAGGCUCAGGACACACUCAGAGCCUGGCAGAAGAAGAACCAUCCCUGGUUGGAGUUGUCGGAUGUUCACAAGGAAACAACUGAAGGUGUCCGUGUGACAGUUAUUCCAUUCUACAUGGGAUGCAGAGAGACUCCAGCAGCGUCUGUAUACUGGUGGCGCUAUUGCAUUCGACUGGAGAAUCUCGGGGAAUUGAGCGUUCAGCUUCGAGAGAGGCACUGGAGGAUAUUUUCCCUCUCGGGCACACUCGAAACUGUCCGUGGCCGAGGUGUCGUGGGCCAGGAACCUGUUCUGAGUCCUCGUCUUCCAGCUUUCCAAUACAGCAGCCAUGUGAGUCUUCAAGCUCCUAGCGGUCACAUGUGGGGGACCUUUCGUCUAGAACGGGAAGAUGGACAUACCUUUGAUUGCCGGAUUCCGCCCUUUUCGCUGGAAAGUAAACCUGAUGACGGAGGAACUAGUCCUCCGGAAGAAAAUGCGUGAUUUCACCUGACUUAUUUAUUCAAAAUCUCCCAGAGUUAAUAAAAUUGAGAGAACAGUGGAGAA